CGGCCGCGCGCGCUGCGGCAGGCGCCCGCGGGCGGCGAGGGCUGCGUGUUGCCGGAGCAACCCGCCAACGGCCAGUACCACAUCGGCGGCUGCGCGCCUCCGGACUGCCAGCUCAAGCCCGGCGACCGCGUCGACCUCUUCGCGCUGCUCAACUUCACCUGCGCCCCUGGUCACGCUUUGGCCGGGCAGCCGACUGCCUUCUGCGACGGCCGGUGGUCGCCGGGCCUUCCGGCGUGCGUGCCAGAUAAUACUACAGCUUUUUGUUCACCUCUAAUUAGUUCCUCCAGUGACAUUAUUUGUACACUCAACGACAAACCAGUUAGCUGUGGUCAACAAGUGAGAUCAAAUACAAGGGCCACCGUGAAAUGUAAACCAUUUUAUGAAUUGCCGCGAGAGAAAAAAUGUGGCGUAUUUGAUUUCAAUAUUUCGAAGGAGACUGAAGAUGGAGUAGAAAAAAGUAUUCCAUGGUAUGCUGCAAUCAUCAAGAAAAAUAAUCAGGGUUCAUGGGAAUUUGUGUGUUCUGCAUCUAUAAUUUCUCCACGAGUAUUAGUCUCUGUCGCUCAUUGUGUAUGGAAAGAAUCAGAUAAAAAGCUAGUCGAUGCCAAGGAUUAUGGAGUUGUAAUUGGGAAAUAUGAACACGGGCCAAAAGAACUGAUCACUAAUGCUCCUCAACAAAUUUUGGUGGAUAAAAUAUAUGUAUCCGAUACGUUCAGAGGUUAUGCAAGACGAUUUGAAGAAGAUAUUUCUGUCAUAGUAUUAAAAGAUGAAAUCGUUAUGAACGAAGUUACUCAUCCCAUUUGCAUUGAUUUGGAAGACGAAUAUGCUCCGUAUUUCAUCCCCGGAAAACAAGGAAUAGUUGGUAGCUGGGGAGUACCUGUUGAUGAAACGUACAAGCUACGAGUAAUAUCACUGCCAGUAGUGGAUUUCGAAGAAUGUUUAAAAAACAUACCACCAGAAUUCCAUUCAUAUUUGACUCACGACAAAUUUUGUGGCGAGCGAAGUAUUUGCAUUGGAGACUCUGGAGUAGGAUAUGCAAAUCAAUUUAAAGAUGGUAAGUGGUAUUUGACUGGAAUUGCCAGUGUGGGAGUGAACCCCGGCAAUGGAGAAAGUUGUGAAAUUGACUUCUACAAGGGCUUUACGAGGGCAUCCCUCUUCAUUAAUUUAAUAAGAAUGGGUCUCGAUAGUGUUCUGCAACAUCAUUCCAAUGCGCAUAUGGAGCAUGCAUUGAUAAGAGAUUUGAAUGCAAUGGAAAGAAAGAAUGUGAAGAUGGAUCAGAUGAAGAUCCAUCACUCUGUAAAAAAGAUUUACUGCAAAUUGCCAGAUCACCCCGAAAAUGGUCAUUACACGUUUAUUGGGUGCAAUACAAAUAGUCAACUUCUCCCAGGCGACUUAGUGGCUCCCGGAAUUCUUCUCAACUUCUCUUGUAAUCCUGGAUUUGUUUUAAGCGGACCUUCCUUUCUUGCCUGUUAUAAUGGUUGGUCUUCUAUGCCACCAUUCUGCAAUCCAGUGCUCUGUAAUCCACUGCAAAAUCCUUCGAGGGAAGUGUAUAAAUGUAUAUUGAACAGAGAGGAUGUGGACUGUUCAACAAAGUCGGUCAAACCAGGAACUACUGCUACUGUUAGAUGCCAGAGUAAUUAUGAAAGCAUCCCUGGUCUUCGUGAAUAUAAUUUAGAAUGUCAAUCUAAUGGAAACUGGAACAGAGAAUUUCAUUCGUGCGUUCCCAAAUGCGGUGUACCUAAUCCACGUGGUGUUCAGCUAAUUGCACUUGGGCAUCAAUCCAAGGUGGCGCAAUUCCCAUGGCAUGUUGGCUUUUAUGAACACUACGACGGCCAAAUGCGCCCCACGUGUGGGGGUUCCAUAGUGUCACCUCAUGUGAUAAUCAGUGCUGCACAUUGUUUUUGGAGAUCUGGUACUGUACAAUUUAAUCAAUUCCAAGCAGUGGCUGGAAAAUAUAAUUACGACUGGAACAACAGGAUAAAAUACGUCCAACUUUUAACGAUAAAGACAGUCAUACUUCAUCCUAAAUUCAGAGGAAGAGAAAAACAUUUUGAAAAUGAUAUUGCAAUAGUAAUUCUCAAAAAUAGAAUUCUUAUUAAUGAAGCUGUUAGACCUGUUUGUUUGGAUUAUGAAAAUAAUUUUUUGAAUUAUUUCACUCCAGGAGCUGUGGGAAAUGCGGCCGCAGACGCCACCAGCCCGUCAGCCCGCCUCGCCCGACGCCAACCCGACGCCAUGCGUCGCAAGUGGCUGGCCAGCUGGGCGGCAGCCGAAUUGCUCCUCGCGCUGGGCGCAGUGAUUUUAUUGCAAGAUAAUUAUGCAGCAAAUGCCUUUAUAUGGAGAUGGAAACGACAAUCGUGUCGCCAAAGCCAGUUCCAAUGUGCCUCCGGGGAAUGCGUGGCUCAGUUCUUGAUUUGUGAUGGCGAAGUUAAUUGUCGCGAUGGAUCAGAUGAAACUCAGAAAGCUUGUUCGGACAUUCAGUGCCCAAUAUACGCAUUUCGGUGUGAAUAUGGGGCAUGCAUAGAAGGCGAUAAGAAGUGUGAUGGGAAAAACAACUGUGCCGACGGUUCCGAUGAAAAGGACUGUGGUGUGAGUGGUGAGCUUGCUGGGACUGACGUGCCGGCAAAGGCAACGAACUGCAAAAAUCAGUACACUUGCAAAUCUGGAUCGUGCAUCGAUCCCUUUCUUUUGUGUGACGGCAUGAAGGACUGUGAUGAUGGAUCCGACGAAACACACGAAGCCGCGGGCUGCGAGCUGCCGGGCCAGCCGCUCCACGGCCGCUACCGCCUGGGCGGGUGCGACCCGCCCGCCUGCAGCCCCGUGCCCGGCGCCCGCGUGCUCGCCGCCUUCCUCCUGUACGCGUGCGACCCGGGCUUCCAGCUGGCCGGCGCGCAGGUGCUCCUGUGCGACGCCGCCGCCUGGUCCGCGCCCUUCCCCGUCUGCGACGCAGUUGCGUGCCCACCGUUGAACGAUCCAUCGAGAGAAAUUGAGUGCAGGCUCAAUGAUGAAAUUGUGGAUUGUACUCAGCGAAUGCCUCCAGGUACCAAGGCAUCCGUGAGGUGCAAUUCGUAUUACAGUCAUGGACCGGAAUUUUCCAGUUUCGACACGACAUGUCAGCCCAGUGGCCAGUGGAGUCGAGAUGUCACGUCUUGUGUCCCAAGGUGCGGCGAUGCCAACCCAGAUGGGGUACCUUUCAUUUCCCACGGAAGAAGAGCAAACUAUGCGGAAUACCCCUGGCAUGUAGGUUUAUAUCGGCCUGCGGAUGGAAUUCUCAAGCAAGUUUGCGGUGGCAGUAUAAUUUCGGAAAGAGUAAUAAUUACUGCUGCUCAUUGCUUCUGGGACGAUAGCACGUCGCUCAAGUUGGACUAUAAAGAUGACAAGGUAGCAGUCGGGAAAUACUACCUUGACUGGUAUAACAAAACCAAGUAUGUGCAGACUCCAGAGAUAGACCACGUAGUACUUCACGACCACUUCAAAGGUAGACAACGUCGUUACGAAAACGACAUUGCGUUAAUCACACUGAAAGAAUCGAUUCGCAUGACUCAAGCAGUUCGGCCAAUUUGUGUUGACUUUGAUAAAGAAUAUAUAAACCAUUUCUCGCCGGGUACAAAAGGAAUCGUUGUUGGUUGGGGAAUUACUGAAAGAAUGAAGCAAAGUGAAACGCUUCAUACAGCAACGUUACCACAUGUUGAUUUCCGUUCUUGUGAAAAAGAAGUACCUGAAUCAUUUCAGUCUUUUCUAACAUACGACAAAUUUUGUGCUGGAUAUAGAAAUGGAACUAGUGUUUGUCCUGGGGAUAGCGGUGGUGGCUAUGCUUCCCAGUUCAGGGAUGGAAAAUGGUAUUUAAUGGGCAUUGUAAGCGUGGGCGUUCCAUCAAAUAAUGCAGAUGAUUGUAAUAUUCUGCAGUACACGACUUUUACUAGAGUCUCGGAGCAUUAUGAAUUUAUACGGAAAAAUAAAGGUCAUUGAAACAGAAAAGAUUCGCUUUGUCGCAUUUGUAAAAUGUUGGCGUAUAAUCUAUUUCUUAUUUUCUUCUAUGUUUUAUAUCAAUAUUGGACCUUUGAUUUUUAAU